CAAAAACCACCAUUGCUCAUCAAGGAGAAGUUACUACUGUUCUGCUGUCCUGAAAGCGUAUAUUGAAGAAAGAGAGUCUUGUUACUUACCAUUGGAUCAACUGCCUUCUAAGGAUUUUAUAGCACUACCCACAGAAGAGCGCUGAAGUUUACAGGGCAGCCAUGGAUGAGAAUUUUUGUGCUUGACAACGGAAGAACGAACCAAAUAUGUAUUGAACAUGAAAAUGGAAGAGAGUCAAAGACUGAAACGUGGAGGCAAAGAAACUGCCCAAGGACUGGAGGAAUAGAGCUUAGCCAUCUGAAUUUAAGAAGUUGAAAACCAUGUCCCUUCCCCGACAGCUGCGAGAAAAGAGUGAUUUUGACCAGCUUCCAGAUGAUGUACCUGUUUCAGCUAACAUAGCAGAUAUUGAAGAGAAGAGAGGAUUUACUAAUUAUUAUAUGUUUGUAAUUGAAGUAAAGGUUAAAGGUGGUGGCAGAUACCUGAUUUUCCGACGCUAUCGUCAGUUCUAUGCCCUCCAUGCCAAACUAGAGGAGAGAUAUGGGGCAGAGAGCAAUAACGGCCCUUUUACCUGCACACUCCCCAUGUUGCCAGGAAAAGUUUAUGUUGGGGCCAAAAAGGAAAUUGCUGAGAACAGGAUUCCUAUCUUAAAUGUCUACAUGAAGAACCUACUCUGCCUACCCAUUUGGGUGUUGAUGGAUGAAGAGGUACGGCUGUUCUUCUACCACUCAACCUUUGAUAGUGAACAGGUUCCUCACAGACUGAGACGGCUUCGCCCACGGACACGCCGAGUUAAAAGCAUUUCACCUCAAGCACCUAUUCUUGACCGCAUGGCAACUCCACGGGCGGAGGCACUGUUUGAUUUUUCUGGAACCAAUAAACUGGAACUCAGCUUCAAGAAGGGAGACUUGAUCUACCUACUCAGCAGAGUAAACAAAGACUGGUUGGAGGGAACAGUUGACAAUGCCACUGGGAUUUUCCCAUGUGCUUUUGUGAAAAUCAUAAAAGAUUUACCACAGCAGGAAGAAACAGUUAAUAAAGUUCGCUGUUAUUACCAUGAUGAGAAUAUGAGCACUAUCAGGGAUAUCUCAGUGGAAGAGGAUCUGAGCAGCAUUCCAUCAUUCAAAGAUCUCAUGGAAUUGAUGAGGAAGGAGUUUGACCAAGAUGACAUUGUUUUGAAUUACCGGGACCUUGAUGGUGAUCUGAUCCGGUUGCUCUCCGAUCAGGAUAUUGAACUCAUGGUGUCUCAGAGCAGGACGAGGCCCUCUGAGAAGCAUUUCUUCCCUUGGAAGUUGCACAUCACUCACAAAGAUGACUUGGGUGUCUACAACACUAGUCCUGGCAUAGGUGCUACUCAAACAGUAAGAUCAACAUAAAUGCUAUAGAGAUGUUCCAGCAGGUACCUAUACAGUGAGCUUGAAGAGUGAGUUUUAGUAAUAUACUACCUUUCAAUGUAAUAUCUGUACUUAGUUUCUUCAUCUUUUUAGCAUUCCUCUGUAACAGAGACAUCUACAUAGAAACGAGAGAAAGUGAGGAACAGAGAAAUAAAAUCACUGGCCUUAUUCAUAAAGCAAGUCAGUGUUAGCCUGCAAUAGAGGUUUAUUGUCCUGAGCCCCAAGACCUGCUGUAAUCUCUAUUCUCACUCCCAGAGCUAAUUAUUUGUCCAGAAUGUCUUCAUAAGCUUGUUUUCUAGACUGCCAUAAUUUUCUCUUCACUUGUUGAUAUGAAGGUUUGUGUGCCAGUGCUUAUGAAUGUGUAAUUAUUUCUGUCAUGUGGGAGACUGACUGGGCAUUCAGAGUUUGUUCUGGAAGCAUCAGGAAAACCUUUUCAUAUUUCAAUGAAGAAAUUGCAGCCCACCUUUGCUGCAACUUUUUUUUUUCCACUGAGCAAUAUUUUGAAUUCUGUCAAUCAAACCUAGUACACCUGUGGUGUUCCUCAUAGACCUUUUUGUAAUUGUACAGACUACUUAUUUCUGCAUUCUGGGAAAUAUGUGUGAUGCCUAUUCAAAUAGCAAUUUCUUCUCUAUCUUCUGCUUUCUGACACCUCAUUGCAAAGUAGAACUAAAAAGAAAUUACUGUAUCAGAUUCUUCAACAAAUAAAGUUACCUGUGAGUUUAUUUUAUCAGUUUCUAUUAAAAAGGGUUUUUUUGGGGGGAAUGAAAUAAUUCUGUUCUAUUUUUUUGUUUGUUUUGGCUUGAAAGUGAGAUAAUUUUGAAGAAGAGUUCGAAUGUUACCUAUUCAGCUUUCCUGGAGCUCAUUAUUGGAAAAAAAAAAUCUUGCAGUAAUUUCUUUAAUGGUCAUGCCAUUAGGAUACUUUCUUAUUGAACAAAUUUACUGCUGCUUGGAAGAAUCACAAGUUAUGUAUGUUUUACAUAAAUUGUUUGAUACCUAAAAUACUGUAUUUUAAAACCACCAUGCAGUUAUGGUAUUAAAAAGAUACAACCAAGUAUAAAUAUAAUCAGUAAAAAAUAAGAAGUUAAAAGAGUUUUCAAACACCAUGGUUAGCUUCUGUUGCAUUAAGCUACAAUUCCUCAUUUUAAAAAAACUUUGUCCUUGACCUGCUGCUAAAAUUUGUACAGACAAAAGGGAAGAUUAACAAGUAUCUGAAGGUACUAAGAAACAGUUAACUAAUGAUGCAUGAAUAACUAACCUGCCCCUCCAAAAACUGGCAAAAUAAUGUUUUCUCUUUUUCUUAGAUGUUACCUGUAACGCUAACAGGUAACAAGAUCUUCAACAACAACCAAAGCAUUUAUGGUGACUUAUCCUUUAAACUUGUUUUUUUUCUUCUGCAUGUAUAUACAUAAACUUAUUUAUAUACAUAAGCUUUAAUAUUCUAUUACUGUAGAUCUGCAUUUAUGUAUAUAAGUGUAUUGGAAAUAAAGGAAAGAGUUUCUAUUUAAAGAUAAACAUAUAGUUUGCUAUAUUAGGAUCCAUAAAUCAUUUCUUACUUGACACUUAAUAAAGUGCAUAGUUCUAGCAGUAUACCAAUGCUGUGCAGACUUGUAUAAGAAAACGCACUCUCCAAAGAGUUGUAAGACGUGCUACAGGCCACCUCUGCUUUCCAGGUACAAAGGUUCCACCUGAAGAAUCCAUGCAUAUUAAAUUUCAGAUGUAGAAAACAUAUAUUCAGAAGAGACACAGAUUAUGUCUACCUUUUUUCCAAUGAUGGAAGGUUUUAGUUGAAGUUAGUUUACUAAAAUGUUACAAAACGUAACUGCCCACUUCAAAAGCAUUGUAGCAAUGUGGUUUAGGAAGGAGAUGAAGCAAUAUACAAUGAUAAUGUUAGUAAUCUCACACCUUGUAAUACAUAAGAGAAUGUAUUGUAAGUUCGAAACCUAAUUGGCAUGCAUAGCCUGCAAAGCUUCUGGUGUGCAGGAUUACUUGUUACCCGCUCCUGGAGUUCAACAGAGCAAAAAAACAUCUGAAGAUUUUCACUGACAGCUAGAUCCUGUGAUGUAACCAGCAACUCGGCAAAUCUGCUUGAAGAUGAAGAAGCUGCUUGAGUGAGGAAGGAAAGGGAGGUGAAAAAGUCUGCUGGGAAACAAGAAAUCUCUUUUCUAAGGGUGGGUGAAGAACAUACAUAAACUUACUGACCUCUGAAA